AUGGCUCAGGUGUCGCUGCCGCCCGAUGGCCCCUAUGCCCGCCGAGUGUCUUUCAAUAACCUUCAUCCGGACGACUUGGAAUCUGGAACAUCCAAAUUUUACUCCUACAAUGUUGACGAGCAGGCCUCAACUCGGUCUAAUGUGCUAGAGGUCAAUAAAUUGUUUGGAAACUACACCAUGGGACCCGUGGCUCCCACGGUGUCCCGAAAACGUGUGCGUCUUCCGGAUCCUCCUUCCAAGCUGAUUCUCAAGAACAAGUUGACCCCCACACAGCUCCUGGCCAACUUGCUGCAUGCCAAACUGUUGGGUGUGAGCUACCACGGCGACUUGAACGAUUUAGUUAAGAAUGAACACGAUGGCACUGUGCAUCUGGAGGCUGACGGAGUGGUUCUUGAAGCAGACGCCUCAGACUCCGAUGACGAUGAGGACGUCGGCUCCCCACCACCGCAACCUACCGCUCGCCGCAAGCUGUACUCUCAGAUGACUGACGAGGAGCUCAUGGCUCUAGACCCGCAAUUUGCGAAGCCCAGAACCUCCAGCAUUGACAACUUCAAAUUCGACUCUUCCACGACGUACUACAGUACUGCCCGCCGGGCUUCCACAGGAAGUGCCGCCAUUCCUUCUCAAGCAGUGUCCAAGCAGAUUGUGUAUCCCUCGCUGAAUGAGAACAACUACAAGUCGAUGUCCUUAACCGUGAGACAUGAGGACUACGACGUCGACUCAGAAGCUUCUAGGACGCUCUUAACGGUUAUUUCCGGUCGUAAGCACACGUGGAACUCAUUGGACUGGCUCCUUCUCACUGAGAACGGCUUGCCAAGAACCACUUCCUUCUUACAAAAUGGGGACUGCUUGGUGAUUGCUGGCUUAGUUCCUCUCAAGUUCAUGGAUGGAGCCGAAACCAUUCGGAAGCAGCAUAGUCUCGACGACAAGCUCUACCAGAAGUGCAACAACUUGCUCAACUACGUUUUGGAGAACUUGCCUGAUCCACUGCUCAGGCUCAAGAUCACAGUGGAGUUUGUUCUAGAUAUUCCCCCAUCGGACCCCUUGUCGCCCAACUAUAAGAAAAAUCAACACACGGGAACUCGUUUCAUGUUGGAACACCUCUUCAAGCAAUACCAGCCUACACUAGUGAUAGUCGGAAACAAGUCUACGAACCUCAAUUUCAAGUACCCCAUUAGAAAGAGGAGACAGAGAUCUACUGUCACUGCACCCACCAACCCUGGUUUGCCUGGCUUGCCUGGUUUGGCCAAGAUUCCGCUGGCAUCAACGCUGUCUAGCGAUAACGGACCUGAUGCCUAUCUCAUCAAGCUCUCGUCAUUUUUGAUCAAGUACCUGACAGUUCCUUUGAUUAUGGUUGGAAAUUCUACGGUUUUUCACCAUAAGACAGAGUUCAAGCAUAAUACUGCUGUGACAUUUUCCGAUAGCAAGCCGCCGCAAGCGCCGCGGAGCAUUCUCGAGCCGGAACGCAAGAACUCUAAUGCCUCGGAUAUCUCCAUUGAAUCAUUUAAUGGAAAUGGCGAUAGUCAAAGUUUUUCAUCGUUGGAAACACCAGAGGAACUUCAGCAGUCUGUAAAUACACUCUUGAAGUCACAAAGUCCGGACCGGUUUGCAACAAUGCUCGACAGCAUUUCCCAAUAUUCAUUAGCGCAUCUGAAAUAUUAUCUCAAUGUUGUGCAUGACGAUACCAUUGAGAAGCUUUCUCCUAGGUUGUUAAACAGCAAGGUGCAUCAGGUGUACUCCAGCAUUGGCACGGGCAAAUCGUUGUCCAAGUCGCAUUCCAAUGGAGCAUCAGGCAAAGCAUAUAAGGUGAAGAGUUUGAUUUCUUACAGUGAAGAGGAAGAGAAGAAGAAUGAGAAGAUGAUCAACGAAAAGAAAUUGAAGAAGUCUGUCUCGCGUGGAUCAGUGAACACACUGGCGUCAGCCGAUGACAAGAAGCCAAAAAAGAAGAAGUCGUUCUUGCAGAAGCUUGGCAUGAAGAAGUAA